AUGCCCCCGCCGCACCCUGCCUCGCAGCGCGGGAGCGAGCGGACGCUGUUUGGCCCCGGCGCCGGCGUCAAGUCCUUCCAGGCCCUCACGGCACUGGCGGCAGCCCCGCGCCCCCGUGCAGCAAAGCGCGGCGGCGGCGGCGCGACGGCGGGCGCGGCCGCGGCAGUGGUGGCAACGGCCGGGCGGGAGGAGGGGGACGCGGCGCAUGUGCGCGUGGCUGAGCUGGCUGCGGCGCCCUUCACGCUGCAGGAGCUGGUGCAGCCGGAGCACCUCGCAGCCGCCCUGGCCUUCCUCCUGGAGAACAACUUGGCCAUUGCAUACCUGCAGCAUAAGGAGGCCGAGGCGGCGGCGGCGAUGGCGGACCUGAUGGCCUCGCCCUCGUGGGGGGUGCCCGCCGCCAAGCACCAGGGCUUGAGGCCGCCGGAGGCCGCGGCGGCACACGGCACCGCAGCACGCCAGCAGGCCGCGGCGGCGGCGCCCACGACGGCAGCAGCGGCGGCGAUCGCCAAAAAGAAGAAGAGGGGGGUCGAGGCGCCGGGUGCCAGCAAGCAGCAGCAGGCGCACGCGGCGCAGCACGCCCCAGAGGCUGCCUCGGAGGGCGCAGGCAGCGGCAGUGACGCGUCCGCCAGCGCCGCUGGCCUCGCCAGCUCCAGCGACGCCGAAGGCAGCGGCGAGGCGAGGGGCGCCCGCGGCGGCGGCGGCUGCGGGGCGCAUCUGGGAUCGGUCGCUGCUGGGAGCGGGAAGGGCGUCCCGCUGGCGAUCACGCAGCGGCCUGUUGGCUAUGAUAUCAGCGAAGGCACCCUGAACCAGUCAUCGGUCGCGGCCCCGGAGCAGCUGCUCGCCAACGCUGCUGAGAAGCUGCAGCAGCUGCAGCAGCAACAGGAGGAGCACAAGCGGCGACAGCAGCAGCAGCAGCAGCAGCAUGCGGCGGCCGGAGUGGGUCCCGCUGGCGGCCAGCAGCAAGCUGUGCAGCGGGUGGUGCAGCAGCCGCAGCAGCAGCAGCAGCAGCAACAGCAACCACGGCGCACUCUGAUUGCUGUCCCAGUGUCUGCGCGCCCCGCCGCGUCAGCAGCCCGGGGCAGUGGCAGCGCCGCGGCCAGGCGCGACGGCCUGCGCACACCUGUAAGCGGCAGCAGCGCUGGCAGCAGCCCCCGCUGUUUCUCGGCGGCGGAGGGCGCACUUGAGCACAAGGCAGCGCGGGGCACCAGCUCGCUCGUUCCGCGCUCGGCGGCGGCAGCGGCGCCGCAGCAGCAGGCGGCCCAGUACGUGGCGGUACCCAGGCGCGAGGUUGUUUCAACCAACCCGCUAGUGCUGGCCGUGCCGCGGCCAGUACCGCUGUACCGGCAGCAGCAGCAGCAGCAGCAGCAGCAGCAGCAGCAGCAGCAGCAAGCAGCGGCUGCUGCGGCGGAGGCUGCAAGCCGCAAGCAGCAGCCUGCAGCUAGGGUCGUGGCUGCCGCCGAGCCUGCUGAGCGCAAGCCGCCACUCAUGUCCUCUCAGCAGCAGCAGCGGCAGCACCAGCACCAGCCGCCAAGCAAGGUUGCUGGCCCCGGUGCACCUAUCACUUACACCACACCUGCAGCCUCUGCUGCGCGUCAGCAAAACACUGCGUGCGGCCCACAGGCCUUCACAAGCGCCCCUGCCGGCAUGGCUGGGAUGGCGCUGAACGUCCCGGCGGCUGCAGCAGCGGAUGUCUUGGACCCAAAGCAGCAGCAGCAGCAGCAACAGGAGCAGCAACAGCAACAGCAGCGAGCAGCACUGCCAUUGCCACAGCUUAUGGAGGCAUCGCAGCCGCAGCCCUCACUGCAGGCAGAUCGUACCGCCUCUGAGGCUGCAGAGGUAGCCCAGGAGCCUCAGGAGGCGCCGCCACUGCAGCGGCAGCAGCAGCAGCAGCCAUAUGGAGAAUCGCCAACACAGCCGCCAGCAGCGCACAAGCAGCCGCAGGCGCGCGAGCCGGCGCACGAGCAGCCACAGGAGCAGCAGCGCGCGCCGCAGCAGGCGCCGCUGACGGGCGCCCUGGGGGCCCUGCAGCAGCACCUGCAGCGCUUUGCGUAUGACAUUGCGCUGGCCCAGCACGCGGGCUACGCGCCGCACCCCGCGCUCAUCUGGAUGCACGGCAUGGCGCAGGCGGCGCUUGUGCAUGCAGCUGGGCUGGCAGACCCAGAGGUGCAGCACCAGCAUGCCGGGGCGGCGCUGAUGGCGCUGGACCACAAUUACUUGUGCCUGCAGCAGCAGUGCUACGAAGCAUACCAUCGCCAGCAGCAGCAGCAGCAGCAGCAGCAGCAGCAGCAGGAUGAUGGUGGCUCGGAUGUGGAGGCGGCAGUUGGCACGGCGCCAGAGGACGACGAGUUUGCGGCAACGGAGGACGAGGUAAGCAGCCUGCCCAUCCACGAGGGGUCGUGGCACGAGCCGCGGCAGCUGAAGAUGGAGGUCGCCCAGGCGGAGUGCGAAGCAGGCACGACUGGCGCCGUGCUCGCGCCUGCCCCCGAGGGGGCAGCGUUUGCAGCCGACGCUGCUGCUGCCGCCGCGCUGUCGCCAAGCAAUUUUCUGGCACAGCUGGCCGCGGCUGUGCGGCACCGGGGCUCCAGCCCCCGGCAGCUGGCCGCCGCGCAGCAGCACCAGACGCAGCAGCGGCAGCGGCGGCGACGUGGGCAGUGCGGCGAGCCGUUCGACGCGGGGGCCGCGGCUGCAGACUUCCGGGAGCGCUGGGCGGGCGUGGCGGGCGGCGGCUGUGGCGGCGACGGCGCCGCCGAGGCUGGCGCAGCGCAGCCCUCGGCCUCGGAGGAGCCUAGGCCAGCGGCCAAGGAUGGCGGCGGCGACGGCGUGCGGGGCCAGCAGGAUGCGUCGGCAGAAGCGCGCAGCCGCGCCAGUGCGGCCAAGUAA